CCUUGGCUGGGGCUCGGCGCGGCCGGGAUUGUGUAACCCGGGCUGCCUGGAGCCCGGCCAGGCUGCGGAGCAGAGACACAGAAGGGCUGGAGGCAAAACCACAGAGAAACUGCCCACAGAAAUCAGAGGUUUUCCGUGAUUUAGGAACUUUCUCCUCGGUGGUGGCUGUGAACUGCUAGGCAUAACUCAUCACCCCGAAGAGUGGCUUGCUGGCUGGAGAUUUCUACCAGGUCGUUUCCAGCUAAGGUCCAGCAGGUUCCCACAGACCACCCUGUGUGGAGCGUGGCCGCUGAGGCCCGGAGAACUAGCUGCCUUCUGGGAGGACAAGCAAACAUACGGCCGGUGCAGUGUUCCAGAAUGCCGCGUGAUGGUUGAGGCAAAGCCCAGGGAGGCGGUGGAACAAGAAGAGUGUGCUGACACCAUAUGGAAACACCUGAUGUUCCAACAAAGAGGCUUCUGAGGGAUCAGAGAGGAAGGCCAGUUCUCCUACAGUAAUGGUGUUUUUCUAACACCCACCUGGCAAGUGAAUUAUGGACAACCCCCACCCCCCGGGGGGUGUGUGAACUGUGUGGAUGCAGACACAUCAGGAGCUGCUGAUGCCAGGACAGACUAACAGAAACCCGAAUCACAAAUGGGAGUCUUAAAAACAAAAUCAAGCUCCGUGGGGUGUGCUCCACAGGAAACGGAGUUAAAACCCGGCUCUUAAGUUUAGAGGCAGCCUGCCUUGGGCGGGUUCGUCCCAGGACGCAGUGAUGGAACUGAUGGGAUGGAAAGUGAAGUGAUGAACACUGGCCCAGAAAGAAAGGGCCUGCCCUGGUUUGUUAGCUGUUCCAGGUAGCUCAGCCCUGCGGAGAAGUAACUGCAGAUAACCGGGAGGCCGUGGCGGGGCGGUACCUGCAGGGAAGCGUCCGUGCGCCGGCCUGGAGACAAAGCCACGGAGACCCCGCCGGCACUUGGCUAGCCAGUGCUGACGUGCCUGACCUUCAUAAGUUCAGCUGAGAGUGCACACAAGGCCGACACAGUCCUCCUCGCGGGAGAGGGCAGCGGUGUGUGAGCCAAAGGAACUGUGCACACAGAAGGGAAACUGGAUCGCGCGGGGACAGGAAAAGCCCGUAAAGCUAGAGCCCCAGAGCAACGCUCGACCUUGAGCAGCCCAAGUCAGGGCGCCGUCAUGGUGGGCUGCUGAGCGGGGGUCUGGCUGCGGCGGCCGCGAACGCCAGCGGCCCCAUGGAGAACCCGGUGCCCCCCUGCGCCCUCUACCCCAGGGACGACCAGGGCCGCGGGGCCGAGGCCGGGGGCGCUUUUGCGCAGGGAGCGUGCGGCCAGGCCGGGAGCCGGGGCGGCGCUCCCGGGGCUCCAGGAGAGGGCGGCCUGCAGCUGCCGGACGCGCAGCCACCCUGCAGUCUCAGCGCGUCGCUGUGCUUCAGCUCCGGGGACGACUCCCCGCCGCAGUCUCGCGCCUCCGCGGCGGAGGGCGCAGCGUCCUCCCCGCCCUCGCGUCGCAGCGGCCAGCGGGUGGUGGAGCGGCAGUGGGAGGUCGGCAGCGCGGGCGCCGCGUCCCCCGAGGAGCCCGUGGACCCCGAGCCGCGCGCGUCCCCAGAGGAUUCUGUGUCCCCGGAAGAGCCCAAGUCCGCCGAGGAGCCCGGGAAACCCGAGCAGCGCGCAUCCCCGGAAGAGCCCGUGUCGCUCGGGGAGCCCGUGUCUACCGAGGAGCCCACGUCCCUGGAAGAGCUCGUGUCCCCCGAGGAGCCCGUGUCCACCGAGGAGCCCCCGUCCCUGGAAGAGCUCGUGUCUCCCGAGGAGCCCGUGUCCCCCGAGGAGCCCGGGGACCCCCCACCAGUGCCCCCGGGCGUCGGGCCCGCGCACGGGGAGCCCGACCUGGUCAUCGAGGUGUCAGGCCGCCGGCUGCGAGCGCACAAGGCGGUGCUGGCGGCUCGCAGCGACUACUUCCGCGCGCGCGCGUCUCGGGACGUGCUGCGGGUGCAGGGCGUGGGCUGGGUGGCGCUGCGGCUGCUCCUGGCCUACGCGUACAGCGGGCGCAUGGCGGGCGUGCGACCCGACAACGUGGCCGAGGUGGUGGCCGGCGCGCGUCGCCUGCAGUUGCCGUGCGCCGUGCAGCGCGCCACCGAUGCCGUGGCGCCGCAGCUGAGCCUGGCCAACUGCUACGAGGUGCUGAGCGCGGCCAAGCGGCAGCGACUGGCCGAGCUGCGCGACGCAGCCUACCGCUUCAUGAGCGACCACUACCUGGACGUGCUGCGCGAGCCCGCCGUGUUCGGGCGCCUGUCGGGCGCCGAGCGCGACCUGCUGCUGCGCCGCCGCCUGCGCGCCGGCCGGGCCCGCCUGCUGGCCGCCGCGCUCGGACCGGCCGGGGAGCGCGCGGGCAGCCGCCCGCAGAGCCCGUCGGGGGACGCGGAGGGCCGGGGCGACGCCGCCGUCUACUGCCUGCACGAGGCGGCCGGCGAGUGGCGCGAGCUGACGCGGCUGCCGGAGGGCGCGCCGGCGCGGGGCUGUGGGCUGUGCGUGCUCUACAACUACCUCUUCGUAGCCGGCGGCGUGGGUCCUGCGGGUCCCGACGGCCGCGCGCGCCCCUCGGACCAGGUCUUCUGCUACAACCCGGCCACCGACCGCUGGAGCACCGUGCGGCCGCUGCGCCAGGCGCGCUCGCAGCUGCAGCUGCUGGCCCUGGACGGCCACCUGUACGCCGUGGGCGGCGAGUGCCUGCUCAGCGUGGAGCGCUACGACCCGCGCGCCGACCGCUGGGCCACGGUGGCCCCGCUACCGCGGGGCGCCUUCGCCGUAGCGCACGAAGCCACCACCUGCAACGGCGAGAUCUACGUGUCUGGCGGCUCUCUCUUCUACCGCCUGCUCAAGUACGACCCGCGGCGCGACGAGUGGCAGGAGUGCCCGUGCAGCAGCAGUAGGGAGCGUUCCGCGGCCAUGGUGGCCCUGGAUGGCUUCAUCUAUCGCUUCGACCUGGGCGGGGGCCGUGGCGACUCGCAGGCGGCGGCCACGUCGGCCGGAGGCGUCAGCGUGCUUCGCUACCACUGCCUAGCCAAGCAGUGGAGCCGCUGCGCCGCGCACCUGCGCCCCCCGGGCGCGCCGUCUAGCCUGCAGCCCUUCCGCUGCGUGGCGCUGGAUGGCACCAUCUACUGCGUGAGCCGCGCGGGCACCUGGCGCUUCGUGCCCCCGCAGGACAGCGAGCCCGGCGCGGACGUGGGCGCGGGCGAAGGCGGCAGUUUCGAGCCCGCGCCGCUCCGCGUCCCCUUGGACGCCCGAGGCGCGCUCUUCCCGUUCGUGCUCAACUUGCCCGAGGAGAAGCCGGACCGAGGCGAGGAAGGCGCUGCGUAGGGCAGGGGUGGGGGUGGGGUGGGCACCUGGCCAUCUCCCUCAGGGACGCCCCCGUGCGGGGAGAUCCAACUGGGGAGGGGGGGGGGCGAGGAGAGAGUCCUGGCGUGGGCGCUGUCCACGCGGACCAUUUAAACACUUUGAAGUUGGAAGCUUGUCGCGGGGCCUUGAAGACUUUUGGCAAUGCUGUUUUAAGAUCUGCUGCCCUAUUUUGCGUUCCUUUUUGCGCCGCUCUGCUUAACAGGGUCAAUGGCAUGAUAUGUAAGGUGCGUGCAAAUAGGUAACCUUACAAAUAUGACACGGGAUAUCUGAAGGAGAAGGAGUUGGAAGAUUAAGCCUCAGGAUCAGUGGGUGGGUCUCAGAGGGUGCCCGGACGUGCUGGGGGUGCUCAGGGGCACUUGCGUUCCGGAGUCGGGUGGGGAGCUGGCGAGACGUGAGUCUGCGCAGUAGCUUCCUCACUGCGCCUGGAGAAGGCCCUGCGCACACAGUUCGGGGCCUCGGCGCCACACAGCCAUGAGCUAUAUUGGUGAGCCACUGGAAGAAGGCCACACUUCUGAUGGCUUGAGGUUUAAACUCAUUACCCAUAGGUAGAGCUCUUAAAACUUUUCUAAUUUAGUUAAAAGGCUCAUGUUACCCUGUGUUCAAGUGUGGGUUGGGUUAGUUCCCGAUUUUGCAAGCAUGAAAGGUGGGAUCUUUGGUACAAUGUGUCUCUUGUCCAGCAAGCAGUGGAAGAAUUUCCCCUGCCAAAUGCAGAUUCCACAGAAUGGGCCUCACGCCCCUCUCAAGGGCAGCUCCAUCUCACCUUUCAACUGAGAUGGGUUACAGAUUUUUAAGUUAAAGGGUGUUAAUGAUUAUGUCCGAUGUCCUAGUAAUGAUUUACUCUUACUUCAGAGAGCAGACCAUGAGUAGGAAAAGCUGACCCACAAGGAUGCUUGUCUAUUUUAAAAGGUACCUUCGUCAGGUACCCUAUACAUGCUCGGCCACCUUCAUAUUUUAUAAUGGGCUCAAAGAAAUGAUUACCUCUCCCCCCAAGAAGAAGGCUAAAACCAAUCUUUUUGACACUCCUAAAGAGGAACAGGUAGGCACAUUUGGAACCCACUACUUACAUGAUGUUCUAAAUAUGUACUAGGUAAUUCUGAUGAGGGAAGUUAAUUUUUACAAGCAUGAUGUGGCAGAGUGACAAGAAGCAUAUUGACAUAAGGGGAAAUAACAUUUAUAAUGUAAUUAGCAAGUAAACUACAUUUUUCUAAUUGAAUUCCAAAAUACUCUAAUAGAAUUAACAUGAAACUCAGUACUUUGAGAGGUCACAAGCAUUAAAAAGAAACCAAAUGAUUGUUUCUCAUUUGUUAUAACAUUUUACUUUCUAAAUAGGUGUAGACAGAGUUUAUGAUUUAUUAAGAAUUUAAGGUUAAAGUAUAUGCUCACAAAUAGAGGGAGACUGAUCUGGAUUCUGAAUCCAUCCAUUUUUUGAUUAUAAUAGGAAAAGUACACAUGAAAGUCACUGGCAGUUAAUUAGAGGAAAUCAUGCACCCCUUUACUACUCUUAACUUCUUAAUCCAGUGAUGGGGGUUGACAUCUCCGUAGCAAUAGUGGGUCAUUGGGAAAUAAGUUAUGCUUUUUAAAGAGUCUGUGGUUAAGAAAGUUAUUGGUUAAUGAGUAUGUUUAGAAAUGACCAGCUUGCAUCUUUAUGCAUGUGCUGGAGGAAUGGGAUUUACGAUUUCAGUUAGAGCAUGUUCCAGUGAUCUGUGUGCUUACUCAUGAUUGCUCAUGAGCCAAGAGGAUAUCUUGGCAGCCUGGCUCAUCAUCUUAGGAAAGAAGGACAGACUUCAUAUUUCCUGGCCUUCUAUGGGAGUAGAAUGCAGAAAUGGUAGUAGAAAGAGAAGUUAGAGCAAAAGGAAACAAAUAAUGUUCUUUUAAAGAAACGUACUCCUUGUAUUGUAGCACAUUUUCCUCUAGAAUGUUACUAUAUUUAUGCUAAAGCUUUUAUAUGAAAUGGAACCAGGCUAAUAUUUUCAUUCCUUAAAUCUCAAAUUCAUAAAAUACUAUCACUGUGAUUUUGCUCAAGAAAUCAUUCCUGUUUGCUGUUUCAAAACAAAAUACUGUGGAGAUGGGUUUCCAAAGUAGACCCGUCCCCACAGGAGCACCCGGGAAGUGAGCACCCAGGAAGUGCUGGGUGGCAGGUGCCGAGAGUCUCACCAUCACAUGCCCAGCUGGAGUUCUGUGUGUUGUUUUAUGAUUUAAUUUAACAAAGGCCAGCCCUGGACAUGGUGUCUCUCCUGUGGGAGCUGGCCUUGGAGCUCCAGGGGCUUGUCCCAGUGGAAUACAUGAGGAAGCCCAGGAGAAUGUAAGGGUAGGCAAAAGGACAUAGAAGAAUGUGCCUAUUUCUAAAUAGGAAUACCUCAUAGAAACAAAUGCCAUGGGGACCGCUUUAUUUUGCUUUUGGGGCCAGUAUUUAGAGUUGUAGCCACAAGGCUUGCACCAGUCAAGCAAGCAGAAACACCAGCCCUCUGGGGCCAUGAUGUGGAGGAUUGCUUGUUGGGGGUGGGGGGGUGGGGGGGCAGUCCCUGCUGAGACUUGCCACUGACCGCUGAUGUUCCAAGGAGGGGCCUUUGCAUGUACAACCUGAUGCUCCGAUCUGCAUCCAGCACUGUGUAGGAAUACCUAUUAUUAUCCACCUGGUUGCUUGUUUUGCUGCAGACAUACUCCUGAUGAUUGAUCUGUCAGAGGCAAGUGAACCUAAUGUGUGGAGGACCAUCCAUAAUUCUCAUAAAAUUAACCCCGGCACAUGGACAUUUCCACACGUUUGAAAGAGCAGUGGUCUUGUCGGCGGAGACUGCAGUAGACAGAAAAGCUCCAUCCUUUGGUUAGCUGACAACCUAUUGUCCAUCGAGGUUCAUUUGAAACCCAAAGACAGGGGCCUGGAGACGUCUUCUUUGCUGUGUUUAUUCUUGGUCUUGGGAACAACCUGAGCACCACAGCUGACUCUUGGCAGCCCUCGGGCUGGGUUUGGAACUUGCUGUUGGGAUUUAUGCGUCUCUGGUGGCACCUCUUUGUUUUCCUUUAAGAGAGCGCACAGACUCUGUGCUGUGCUUUUGCUGAAGUUCAAACUCUUCCUUUUGGGUUUUGCGGCAGGCACUGGACAAAUGGAGCCAUCUGCUGCAUCUGUGUUCGUUUCUGGGGCAGCUUCAGUAACGCUGGCUCAUCCGUGGGUCUCCUGGGUAACUUCCUGUGAGCGAUUUCGAAACGGGAUGUGUUUGAGUUUCUUGGCUGUGUUUCCUAAAGCCAAGGGCGUGUCGGGCCACAAACCACUGUAACACCUGCACCGGGCGGAAUGUAAGCAGAAGUGCUGCUGUGUUCUGUCUUAUGUUAGAUGCUUCCCUAGCUUACAAAAUGUAUUUGGGCAUUAAAAAAAUUCAGCGUUCUUACUUUUCCUGUUCCUGUGCGAUGGUAUUCGUGAGAAGAUGAUGGAACUGGGAAGGCAGACGCGCCCACGCACCGGUUGCGCCUGCCCUUCUGCCCGUCAGCGCCCCGCACGGGGAGGCCCGGGCCCCGCGCACCGGUCCAGGGCGCGCUGCUUUCACGCGCGGUGAAUCGGCUUGCAGCGAGCUGACACGCAAGCUGGAUGUGUCCUCCUGUGAGACUCAAGCUCCUCCAGAGCUCUAACAAGCUGUAAACAGACUGCGGGGUGGCGUCGAUUAAAGACACGCCGGUGCCCCUCCAGGCCCGCGUUAGGCCUGCUGACGCCGCGCGCGCAGGAAAUGUUUGUUGCCGCUUCGGUUUUUCACACCUAGGCGCAGUUGCUGUGAAACCUUGUACAUGUCCGCUUCUGCCGGGAUGAAAUAAAUCAUUGGAAAUGCUAGU